UGUAGCUGUGCUAACUAGUUAGCAUACUGGCUGCAGCAAUACCUGUGUGCGGAAAAAAAAAAUGUCUGAAUAAAAUGAAAUCCAAACGCUAACAACACAGGGGUGUUUUUUAUUAAACAUUACCAGCAGAGUCAAAAUUAGAUAGCAAAACGAGAACUAGAUUGCUAAGUCAUAAAGGCAGGGGCUUCUAGCAUAAGCCAACGUUAGCAACUGCUAUCAUUAGCUUAGCAUUUAGCAAAGGCCUCAGUUAGAACUCACUGACAUUUAAGUUACGGUUAUCUGCAAUUCUACAUGGAAAAAUAACAAACAAGUACUGCCACUUUAAUCUUUGACAACAUUGCGGUUACGGGACUCACAGCGAGUUCUUGUUUCCUCUUCACCAGCUCGGCGAGCUCCCGGCGGGUGUCCGGGAUCUGUGGUGGAGUCGCUUUCGCAUGCAUCGCCAUGAUGGAUCGAGCUAUCUGGAAACAAAACAGAGGCGGGCCGGUAUAAAGCGCCUGUUUGUCGGCCAUGUUACCGACAGGUGGGGCUGAAGGACCGCGUCAGGGCCAUCCACUGUGUUUACAUCGCCAUGGAAACACGAUAAGAUUUGCUGACUUUCUGCGUCUUCACUGAACCAUGGGCAAAAUGGACCGAAGAUUUGAUGAACCAGAAACGGUACCGGCUUACAUCGUUUCAUCUCAAUUCGCAACAACAUACCAAAGAGUGGUGAAAGCAAAUCAAGAAUUUAAAGGAUUUUCAUCUCAAGCUAGGAGAUUCCCCUCAAACAAAUGUCUGAAUGAAAGUCCAGGACCAGGCAGUUAUGUAUCUAUUUCCAGUGCGGAAGCCCAAAGUCCCUCCUUCUCCAAAAAAGGCACCACAGGCUUUGUUGGAUACAAGACUACCAGGGGUCCUGGUAAUCCACAGAGAUGCACCCCAGGACCGAAUGCCUACACCCUGCCAAGCUCCUUGGUAAACAAGAACAAGUUCAACGUAGGAGUCUCCAGGGUGUUCAGGCUGCCCGUGGCUGUGCAGAAGGAUGGUCCGAAGCACCCAACUCCAGCCCCGAAUCAAUAUGAUGUCCGUUGUAGCAGCAGAGGGGGCUUCUCCUCAGGGUUUGGCACAUCAACUUUCCUGUCAAAAACUAAACGGGACUCUAUUUACCUAAACAAUGAUUUGCCAUCACCAUGCCACUAUGAAGUACGCAGCAAUAUAAUCCAGCAAAGCUCCAAAGCAGUCGUGUCCCCUUUCAAAUCAAAAACUCAGAGAAUCCCUCCUCCGGUUGACAACCAUGUACCAGGCCCAGGAGCCUACAGCCCCCAUCAGCCCCCUGCACCGGUGAGGAAGACCAUUCUGCCGAGAGGAUUUUAUUUGGCAAUAUCAGCACCUCCUCUGAUUGUCCCUAAGGACCCUCCCUUUCCAGGCCCAGGGCAUUAUGACAUAAGGGAUAAAAACUGCCUGUAUCCCAAGCCAACUGCAGCGUUUGCAUCCAGAACUGAAAGGAUACCCCAAGACUCACUGGGCGGCAUGACGCCAGGACCAGGUUUCUACGAUCCACAGAUUUUGCCAAAGCAGUCCUUCUUUUUUAACGACUCCAGAGUCUGGCUUCCUGUAUGAAACGUUCAAGGUCAUCUAUACUGCAGAUAUGUACAUUUCUCAGACACAUGAACUGUGAUUAUCUGUUUCAAAAUGCUUCUAUGCAAGGUAUGUGUUUCUAAGUAUUUGUCGAGAAGAAACAAUGAAAAUUAAAUGUUUGCAACCA